AUGGUCAAACCUCCAGCAGACUGUGACGUUUUCUGUCUGCGGUUUGCUAGUCUCCAAUAUAAUCUUCUCUGUUCUUUAACGUGGCAGAAGGUAAAAACCAAUGGCAUUGCACCUCAGACCCUCAGACACAGUUCAGCAGUAGUAGGAGAAAAUAUCUAUGUCUAUGGUGGAGUUCAUUAUGGAAAAGCUGUUGAUGACCUGUAUAUGUUCAGUACUGCAAAGAUGAAAUGGAAGAUGCCACUUUAUGUAGGGAUCCCCCCCGCUCUCAGACACAGCCAUGUAGCAUUUAUUCUUCAUAGCCAUCUCUAUAUCUUUGGUGGCAUGAAUGAGGAAGAAGAACUCAAUGAUAUAAUGGGGAUGAAAUUGAUAAACCCUUCAGAUAGACAACCAAUAAUGAAGGAGAUUCUCUCAGAAUUUGGAAUCCAUGGAGUAAGCAGCAGGUUUACUCCCACCAAAAUACCCAAAGUGAAAUAUGAAUUAAUGGCAUCGCCUUUAUCUGCCAGAAUGGAGUCCCCACCUGCAAUCCCAGCAGCUCAACUCAGAGAUUUCAUUUCUGUGCGUAACCAAGCAAUGGACAUGAUCACAAGGGCCUUUGACUUGCUUGACUUGGAGUUUCAAAAGCUAGACACUGAGAAAGCUGAAUUAGUUCAGGGCACAAUUGCUUUCCAACAUGAAAAGGAAGCUUACAACAAACUGUUCAGAUAUCAACAGCAGGUGGGUUUCUGUAUUUAUAAAAAAUAUGGUGAAAAAGUGGCUGCAUGUUCAUAG